AUGAAUAUUAAUGCUUUAUAUUCUCUUUUCGUUGCAACCAAUGGCGAUAUCUAUUAUGGCAAUAACCUAGGGCCUCGUAGAAUAGAUAAAUGGAUAGCAGAGAGCAACACAAAUGUCACUGUAAUUCAUGCGCAAUUAUCAUUGAAUGGUCUCUUUAUUGAUACAAAUGACAGUUUGUACUUUUCACUAAGCACUCAUGAAGUUAUGAGAAAAUCAUUGCAUGAUCCAUCUCGAGCACUGGUUCGCAUGGCUGGAACAGGUGCAAUAGGAUCUCGCUUCAACGAACUAAAUAUGCCUCGAGGAAUUUUUGUUGAUACGAACUUUGACUUAUAUAUAGCAGACAGCGGCAAUCAUCGAGUUCAAUUAGUUCGAUUAGGACAAUCGAUUGGAAUGCCAGUAGCAGGGGAUGGAACAAUAAAUCCAACAAUUUCACUUUCAUGGCCAAAUAUGGUAAUAUUGGAUGCUCAGAAAUAUCUAUUCAUUUUGGAUGUGGGGAAUGACCGUAUUGUUGGACCAGGACCGAACGGCUUUCGAUGUUUAGUUGGCUGUCGAGGAACUGGCACGCAAUCUUUUCAGUUAUCAAUUCCCUUUAGUUUUGCUUUUGACCGUUCAGGCAAUAUUUUUGUCGCUGAUCAACAUAAUCACCGAAUUCAGAAAUUCUCGUUUUUGGAAAAAUCAUGUACUACGUCGAUGGUUCAGCCAAAAUUUUGUGCAACUGCAGAGUGGAACCCGAUCGGUAAUACUUUUGCUGUUGGUUCAAUGGUGGAAACAAUACAGAUCCAUGUAUGGCAUGAAGGAACCCACUAUCUAAAAAAAACCAUUCCGAUAAACGAUAUUCCUGCUUCAUUCUUCGUUGCAAAUAAUAAUGAUAUCUAUAUUGCUAGUCGAUAUCAACCUCGAGUAAGCAAAUGGAUAGCAGAGAAUGGUACACUCGUCACCGUAAGCGAUUUUAGUGCAACAUGUGAAUGUCUCUUUAUUGAUUCAAAUGAUACUUUGUAUUGUGGACUAUCUGGAAAGUCUCAAGUUGUGAAAAAAUAUGUAGAUGACAUGACAUUGGUUCGCGCAGCUGGAACAGGAGUAUGGGGAUCAAAUUUGGAUCAGAUUAGGUCUGCAUGUGGAAUCUUUGUUGAUACAAACUUUGACUUAUAUAUAGCAGAUUGUGAGAACCAUCGAGUUCAUUUAUUUCAGCUGGAACAAACAGUUGGCAUUGUUGUAGCAGGAUAUCAAUCAAAAAAUCCAACAAUCGAUCUUCGGAGACCGACAGUAGUAGUGCUGGAUGUCGAGAAAUAUCUAUUCAUUGUAGAUAUGGGGAAUCAUCGUAUUGUUGGAUCAGGAGUCAACGGUUUUCGGUGUUUAGUUGGAUGCCGUGGAAAAGGUUCACAACCUCAUCAAUUGGAUACUCCAGUCGGCCUUAGUUUUGAUACCUUAGGCAAUAUGUUCGUUGUUGAUGGAUGGAAUAAUCGAAUUCAAAAUUUCUCGUUUUUAGAAAAAUCAUGUGUUUAUGGAUCACUGGUUCUGAAAUUAGUAUAUCAUUCGUCGUUGACCAAAGCAAACCAAAUCUAUUUUCGAGAUUGUAAUAUACCAAACUUUUAUUAUGAAUCUAUUCAAAUCUAUGUAAUCGAAAAUGGAUAUUAUACUUUUCGUACUUAUAGCGGGAUGGACACCUAUGGUUAUAUCUAUGAAAAAAUAUUUAAUGCACUUAAUCCACUUGAAAACAUACUUAAAGAAGAUGAUCAAAGUGGUUCUGCUAAUCAAUUCCAACUUGAUGUUUUUCUUCAAGCUAAUAAAACUUAUAUAUUAGUUGUCACAACGUAUUCACCAAGAGAGAGUGGAACAUUUGAUAUUGCCAUUUUGGGAAUAAACACCGUUCUUCUCAAAAAACUUAGCAAUCCAGUAAAUGUUCAAGUAACACAUUUGUCAGCAUUCCAUGUCGACAGCUCAUUGUAUUAUCGAGAUUGUAAUAUGCCCAAAUGUUAUUAUGAAGCUUUGCAGAUUAAUUUAUUUCAACGAGACGUAUAUGUUAUAUGGAGUGAGAGUAAUGUGAAUACAUAUGGGUAUAUAUAUCAACAUGAUUUUAAUCCAUUCGAACCUCUCAAAAAUCUGCUCGCUGUACAUGAUGGUAAAUGUAAUAAUGGACAGUUUAAAUUCGUCAUUGAUCUUCAAAUCAAUAUGAAAUAUAUAUUAGUGGUGACAACAUAUCGUCCAAUGACAACAGGAAAUUUUUCUGUUUUCGUAUCUGGACCAGCCAAUGUCAGUCUAACUUAUUUCAGUACAAAAGAGAGUAGUUGCAUCAUUGGCCAUCUUUGUAACUCUCAUGUCAAAGGUGUCGGCUUAACUUUGGACGAUAUUUUAAACGAUCUGCUUCAACCAAAUACGCCGUUAAACAAACAAUCAUUUUCCAUCCAAAUAAGUGCAGCUUUAACAAUUAUUAUGUUUAUCGCAAGUUCCAUCAACACCAUUUUUUCUUUUUUCAUAUUCAGACAUAAAGAUGCACAAAACGUUGGAUGUGGAGUAUAUCUUCUUGCAUUAUCCAUCACUUCUCUUCUCACAAUCGCCAUGUUCGUUGUAAAAUUCUGGUUUCUUGUUUUUUCUCAAAUCAACGGAUGGACAAAUAUUUUAGUUCUUCGUAUAGGUUGUAAAUCAAUCGAAACUAUUCUAAAAGUGUGUGUCUGUUCUGAUAGUUGGUUGAAUGUUUGUGUUUCUAUUGAACGUGCCAUUCAUGUUCUUAAAGGAGUCAGUUUUAAGAAAGAGAAAAGUAAACAAAUAGCUCGAUGGAUUGUUACAACUUUACCAUUUUGUAUCACAAUUACUCUGAUCCACGAACUUAUUUAUCGAAAAUUAUUUGAAUAUCAAACAGAGCCAGACAAGAUCAGCAAUGAUAAUGUAGAACGAUUUACAUGGUGUAUCACGCGCUAUCCUCCGACUGUUCAAAGUUAUAAUACAAUCAUUCUAUUUUUUCAUCUUGUUACUCCUUUUAUUAUUAAUCUCUUUUCUGCUUUAUAUAUCAUUUUCGGUGUUGCUCGACGACGGUCAGCGGCUCAAGCUGCUCGAAGCUAUAAAAAACAUAUUCGCGAACAAUUUCAUGAACAUAAACAAUUAGUGAUCAGUCCAGUUAUUUUACUGAUAUUAACAUUUCCUCGUCUUGUUAUUUCACUACUACCUGGAUGUUUAAAAAAAUCUCAGAAUGUGUGGUUGUAUUUGAGCGGAUAUUUUAUUUCAUUUACUCCGCCUAUGUUGAUCUUUUUAAUAUUUGUUCUCCCUUCGAAUUUGUAUAUGAAAAUAUUCAAAGAAUUGGUUAAGGGAUUACGACGACGAUGA